CUUUAGAGUGAGUUGUACUGCAGCCCAUAUCUAUUAUACCAUAAUCUAUUGACAAACAGGCGUGGAAUCUGUUCCUCUUACCGGGAAAGAAGCGAAGAAGGUCUAAUAGGCAAGACGUCUGUCUGGAACUUAGGCCUUGAGAUGGUUGUGAGGUCACACUAACAGAAGGAUUUGCUGGUUUCCACAGGUCGCUGGUGAAGCUUGUACAUUACUAGAUGAUGAUAUGGUGUGUCCUAGAUUUGAAACCAAAGAUGAUGUCUACUGCUUUUCUCUGGCCAAGGCUCUAUACUAUGUUAGUUCUCCUGUGACAGUGGGAUUUUAUGCCCCAUGGGGUAGACGCAAGGACGUUCUACUUAACAAAAUUGAAAAAUAUCUAUGUUGGGAAUCAUGGAAAAAAGAACAGGAUGAAGUUGCCAGAACCACACAGGAAACAAGAAAAUGCACAGGAAAAGACCUCAUCAAGCUUAUCCUCUAUAUGAUAUUUUACCAUCCUGUCAUCACAGAAAAGCACAAAGAACGAGAGAAUAUACGUUUUAUCUUCAUCCGUUUCAGUGCAUGGGAAUACGCAGGUAGUGACCAGCUCUGGGCUGGUAUUGUUACCACCCUCUGUGAUGGUAUUGAGAAAUACUUUGGACUGGCUCCUAUUAGCGUCUAUCGAGCUGUAGCCAGAAAAACCAAAAUUAUAGAUGCACCACUCAAACAAGAAUGGGUUAGUAAGAAGUUUCUAUGUAUCCCACUCUGGAUUGCCAUCAUUUUAGUUAUCUUGAUUGGAAUUGGUGUUGGUACUUUGUUUAUAAUAUAUGGCUUUCCAUUUGGUAGCCCAACUGGAGAUAUGAUGGCUGCUGCUGAAGGUGUUGGAGCAACUGUUGUUGGCAUCUCGGCAGCAGGGAUAUUGAGAGUAGCUGUUAUGACUAUUAAAAACACAAUUAUUACCCAAAAGGGUGUGGUGCAGCAAAAGAUGAACCGGACAGACAUGAGUUCCCAGCUGGGCUUCAUGAGUGAUGUAAAGCGGGAGGUUAAGGUCAUCACCCGUUACCUCCAAGUCAUGGAAGUCUUCCAACGGCAGAAAAUUAAAGUGGUCCUAGAGAUAACAAACCUGGACAAGUGCAUGCCAAACAAAGUAGUAGGAGUCUUAAAUGCCAUGAAUAUUCUACUUUCUGAUCCCAGUGCCCCAUUUAUUUCUAUUCUAGCCGUGGACCCCAGGAUCAUUGUGGAAUGCGUAGAAAGCUCACUAUUGUUAAAAGGCAUGGCAAACAAUGGAUAUCUGUUCCUAAACCGUAUUAUAACUCUGCCUUUUUGCAUUCCCAAAAUGGACUCUACGACUAAGUGUAACUUGAUGAAAAAUAUAGUUGAAGGAAAAGGUGAGCUGAUAAGAGAAACUGAAGAAGAAAAUAUAACAGAUUUAGCAGAGGUUCCAAAUGAGAAAGUACAACUCCUUCGACAACGAGUUCCCCAUCAAAAUGAUUUAGCAGUCCAGGACCUUCCCUUGAAUGUUGGAUGGUCUGGAGAACUAAUGCAAAGCAGCAAUUUUCUUGCAGAUAAAGGACCACAUACAAAAACCUUAAUUGACGAUGCCUUCAGAUACCUCUUUAAUGAUGUAAUGAAAGAUUAUAUUACUGACAAUGUUGUCCACAUCCGAAGGAUAGUAAACACCAUUACCGUAACAAUCAGACUUAUGAUAAGAGAUGUGCCAAGGACUGAGAUUAGGCCUCACAAAGUAACAGAAUGGGUACUUCUGGCAACACAAUGGCCUUGCCGACUUAGUUGGAUAUUGCAAUGUAUUGAAGACGAACAGCAGAAGAGGGGCCUUGAUCAAACUGAUGCAACAGGAGAAUCAUCCAUAUACACUCGAACAUUCCUUUGGGAUGUUUUUGAGAAGUCUUUGGAAGAAUUAGAUGCCAUAAAAACAAAUCUCAAACAACUUUUGGAGCUGGAUGGGGACCCAGAGAUUUUCCACAAACUAUUGUAUGGUAAUUUCACAGUAGCAGAUGCCAACUUUUUUUUGCCAUUCACUGUCAAUUUGGACCAGUCCAUUAAAAGACAGAUGGAACUUUUAAGAGGCAGCAACAACUUAUGGGAAUCUAAGAAGAACAACAGACUGACCAUGUUAACUUUACUGAAUAUGACCAUAGAUGAAGUCUGUAAAGAAAUGACUAAAUUAUGUUUCCGAGAGGACAACUUCCAGAUGUAUGUACAGAAGAUAAAAGAGCACAAUCUGAAUGGCAGAGCCCUGGUCUACAGUGAUAAUAAUGAGAUUAAAGAUGUUUUAUGUAUGGGUCUAGGAGACUGGACACUCUUCAGUGUAUACUUCUUAGGUGUACUUCCACCACCUCCUGCUGCCCCUACAACAGCCCCAGCUUUUGGCAAGCAGGAAGCACAAAAACUUGGUGUUGGAUCCAAUGACAAACUAUUAAAACAAAGCAAAAUGUCACUUUUUAUUUCAGAUGAAGAUCUUUCCUAAACCAUGUUCACAUAUACUGUAUAAAAAACAAAAUGUAUAAAAACCUGAUGAUCACACCUAUAUGAGCUUGAUAGACAUCUCAUUCCCAAACCAUGAAUGUUGAUGUGAAGUUGCUGUCCCCUUUACCACUAAAAAAGCCCCCACUCCUUUGGGAAGGCUAUAUGACCUGGCUUUGUGCACAGGGGCAAGCUCAUGCUGUAAAAGGAAAGAACCUUACCUACACUGUUGCCACAAGAUUGGGAACUUCUUUGUAUGUUGUAGCAUUAACAGUACCCCCCCUGGAGACACCUGAACUCAAUAAUUUAGAAUGUGAAUUCAUGCUUUUGGCCAUAUAGUGUUGUAAAUAACUCCUUUUUACAGGUCCUCACAUUUCACUGGCACUGUUGUUAUUCCUCACUUUUCCUUUGCAUACAUCUAUCCUGUAACAUUGACAAUAAUAUCACAGAUCCCACCAUGUUUUGUGUAUAGCUAAGCUGCUCUGGGCACAAAGGCAAAGUAUAAACCAAUGCUUCAAGAUAGGUUCCCAUUGUCAAGAAGCUUACAAAAUACAUAAAUUGCAAAUUGCCAUCAUUGUUUAUCUCCUGUUCCCCUGAUGACGCUCUUUGGUGGUGAAACAUGUUUGGUGGGGCUUAACUUGUGAUGUCAGUGCGCUCACCGUAUGGCCAGUGGCAAGGCAUCAUUACAUGCUGUAAAAUGCUUUAUUUUCUUUUACCUCGCUAAGUACCUCUCUAUUGUUUUAAUACAUUUUUGGCAGUUUUA